AUGGCCCCCUUCUCGUUGCUUACACAACGAAAUGUUACGAUUGCAUGUUUUGCGCUUCACAAUUUUAUACGGAAAGAGGGCUUAAGUGAUGACUUUUUUGAUGAAUAUGAUCACCCAAAUGUACGCCUUCAAGAUGGAGAUGAACAUGCACAAGAUGGUGGUGAAGAAGAAGUAGCUUACCAUGGAAGUGCAGCGGACCGUGAAUUCAUGAGUCAACUUCGAGAUCAGAUAGCACAAGAAUUAAUGCAAAACAAUGAACGUGAGAUGGAGAACAAUAAGAUCACUUUGUUCAGGUCACUUAAUGCUCAAUCUACGAACUACACAGUCAAGGCCAAGAUCAUAUCCAUGUGGAAUAAGAAAAUGAAUGGUUCUGAUAGUCAGAUCUAUCGAGUUGACAUGUUGUUGAUGGAUGAGGAGGGUUCAUUCAUUCAAUGUAGCUGUUUACAUAAACUUUUCAAACGGUUCCUUAAAUUUUUUGUUGUUGAUGACUGUCUAUUGUUUCACAAGCCAUCACUAGCCAAAGAUACAACCAAGAUUAAGGUUACUGGAAAUGAUCAGAAGCUAUCUCUGUACGCAUUCAGUUCUGUUCUGAAAACUGAAAACUGGUCUGGUCCUCGGUACUUUUUUCGUUUCACUGAUUUUAAAUCAGUGUUGAGUAAAAAAGUUGAAGUCAAUACUCCAAUAGAUUUCAUCGGUUAUGUUGUUGUGUCUUAUCCUAUUGAAGAUGCAAACAGGAAGGAUGGCUCUAAAACCAAACGAAUGAACAUAACUCUGAAAGAUCUCGAAGAUCAGAAGAUUAGUCUUACGUUAUGGGAAAACUAUGCAAUCAGUUUGUCAGAGUACAUGAAUGAUAAAAAUCGACCUGAUCAUGUUGUUAUUCUCGUCCAUUUUGGCACGGCAAACAUUUAUCAAGGUAAGAUUGGCCUGACUAAUAUGUUUGAAGCGAGUCGUGUGUUCAUAAAUUCUGAUCUGGAUCAGAUACAAGAAUUCAAGGACGGGUAUAUUGAGAAGGAGUUUUCUAACUCAUCUUCCAUUAAACAGUCGUGCUCUCAAGUUAUAUCCAGUGCAGAAGAUGAGUUUCUUAAUGCUGAAGACUUUGUGUUGACUGCUUAUAUUGCAUCAAUUUCUGUGGAGAAAAAGGUUAUCAUUGUUGGUACUGUUAUAACAAUUUCAAAUGAUAAGCCUUGGUAUUAUUUAUCAUGCAAUAAUUGUAAGAAGCAAAUUGAAGAGAAGUCAACAUUGGUUGAAAAAGAUGACGGCAGUUUUGAUGUUUUGGAUGAGAAGACUUUUGAGUGUAUAAACUCUGAUUGUGAUGCUGUUGAUGUUGUUCCUGUUUAUCGUUACAAGAUUCCUCUAAGGGUUCAGGACUCGACCGGGACUGUUUCUUGUACGUUGUUUGAUUAUGAAGCUAUUAAGCUUAUCAAAAAAACCUCCAAAGAGCUUCUUGAUGUGUACUCAAAGGUUGACAAUUCUACCGAAGGCUCCUUUCAGUCACUUCCAUCUGAGUUUGAUAUCUUGAUCAACAAAAAGUUUGCAUUUCAAAUCAAAAUUUCCAGUUUUAACAUUUCUAACCAGAUAGAAAACUAUGGAAUUUCGAUGUUAAGUUGUGAUGAUGACAUACUUUCUGCUCUGGAGAAUAAAUGGAAAAUUAAUGAUUCUGAUAUGUCUGAUUCAAAUGUCCAAUGCUUGUCCGAUUCUGUUGGAAAUGUUAAAUGUUGCUCAAAGGGGUCUCAAUCUGUGAUCGGCGAUAGUGUUACGCCAGAUAAUUUUGAUGUUAAUGAUCAAGAUCAGUCAAAGUUCGAGAACAUCAAACGUAACCUUCAAGAUGUUUAUGAUGUUGAUGCUGUUCAAAGUUCGUCUACUAAACGUCGAAACAGUCCUGGGAAUGAUAACCUCAACGAUGAUGUCAAUUUGGACCUGAUCACCCCAAAGUUAGAGAAAUAA